AUGCCGGAGACAUUUGAUGUAGAGCAUGUUCUAGCGAACAUCAGCGAGCAGGACAAGAUCGCUCUUUUAUCCGGAAUUGAUUUCUGGCACACACAUCCUAUCCCCGAAUUCAACGUCCCCUCGAUUCGCGCCACCGAUGGCCCCAAUGGUAUCCGGGGGACGAAAUUCUUCGCCGGCAUCCCUGCCGCAUGUUUGCCCUGCGGCACAGCUCUGGGCGCCACCUGGGACCGAGAUCUGAUAUACCAAGCGGGGAAGCUGUUGGGCGACGAGUGCAUUGCGAAAGGGGCGCAUUGUUGGCUGGGUCCGACAAUCAACAUGCAGCGCGCACCCCUCGGUGGUCGCGGCUUCGAAUCGUUUGCAGAAGAUCCACAUCUCUCCGGCAUUCUGGCUAAAUCAAUCAUCUCCGGAUGCGAAAGCAAAGGCAUUGUUUCCACGGUGAAGCAUUUCGUGGGCAACGACCAGGAACAUGAACGCCGGGCGGUGGAUGUCCUCGUCACCCAGCGAGCCUUGCGCGAGAUCUACCUACGACCCUUCCAGAUUGUGGCGAGGGAUGCGAAGCCCGGCGCGCUCAUGACAUCGUAUAAUAAGAUCAAUGGGAAGCACGUGGUGGAAGAUGCGCGCAUGCUCAAUCUGAUUCGCGAGGAGUGGAAGUGGAAUCCGCUGAUUAUGAGCGACUGGUACGGGACCUACACAACUAUCGACUCCAUAAAUGCGGGCCUUGACCUAGAGAUGCCGGGGGUAUCCAGAUAUCGGGGAAAGUUUCUGGAGUCCGCCCUGCAGGCUCGACUGGUCAAGCAAUCGACUAUUAAUGCACGUGCGCGAAAGGUGUUGGAAUUCGUGAAGCAAGCGAGUCAGGUCCAAGUUUCAGAAGUGGAGCGAGGACGGGACUUCCCAGAGGAUAGAGCGCUGAAUCGCAGAAUUUGUGCGAACAGCAUCGUCCUCCUCAAGAACGAAGAAAUCUUGCCCCUUCCAAGUGAUAUCAAAAAGAUCGCCCUAAUCGGAUCUCACAUGAAGACUCCCGCAAUAUCAGGUGGUGGCAGUGCGUCACUUGAGCCAUAUUACUCUGUCUCGUUAUACGACGCCUGCAGGGAAGCGCUUCCCAACGCGGAGGUGCUCUAUAAAGCGGGAGCAUACGCCCAUAGGAUGCUUCCCGUGAUAGACCGCCUCCUAAGCAAUGCUGUCAUUAAGUUCUACAACGAGCCGAUGAGCAAGGAACGACAAAUAAUCAGCACCGAGCCUGUAUCGACGACAGCCUUUCAGUUCAUGGACUACAAUGCUCCCGGUCUCAACCGAGGGCUCUUCUGGGCCACACUGAUUGGCAACUUCACGCCCGACGCCUCCGGACUUUGGGACUUUGGCCUGAGUGUCUUUGGUACCGCAAGUCUCUACAUUGAUGAUGAGCUCGUGAUCGAUAACACCACGAACCAGACGCGCGGGACAGCAUUUUUCGGAAAAGGCACCAUUGAGGAGCUGGGAUCGAGGGAACUAGCUGCUGGGACUACAUACAAAAUUCGGAUUGAGUUCGGCUCUGCCAACACUACUACUACAAAAACUGUGGGAAUGGUGAAUUUCGGUGGCGGCGCCGCAAAUCUGGGGGCCUGUCUACGGAUGGACCAGGAUGAAAUGAUCGAAAAUGCCGUGGAAGCUGCCGCAGAGGCCGACUACACCAUUCUUUGCACCGGGCUCAACAAAGAUUGGGAAUCUGAAGGGUUCGAUCGCAAACAUAUGGAUCUGCCAGCGGGAGUUGACCGGUUGAUUUCGAAGGUGCUGAAGGUUGCCGCAGACAAGACUGUCGUCGUCAAUCAGUCCGGUACACCAUUUACCAUACCGUGGGCUGCUCAGGCCCGGUGCAUCGUGCAAGCCUGGUACGGAGGUAACGAGACGGGUCAUGGAAUUGCCGAUGUGCUCUUCGGAAAGGUCAAUCCAUGUGCAAAGCUUCCAUUAUCCUGGCCUGUGGAUGUGAAACACAACCCGGCCUACCUGAAUUACGCCAGUGUAGGUGGCCGAGUGUUGUACGGUGAGGACAUCUAUGCAGGUUAUCGAUUUUACGAGAAGACCGGACGAGAAGUCCUCUUUCCAUUUGGUCACGGCCUAUCAUACACGACAUUCAAGGUAUCACCGAGUGUUACCGUCACCCCGGAGAUCUUCAACAUGGACCGUCCUGGGGUCGCCACCGUACAAAUCAAAAACACGGGCAAAGUGGCGGGCGCCCAGGUUCUCCAACUCUACAUCUCUGCCCCCGAAUCCCUAACACCGCGCCCAAUCAAGGAACUGCAUGGGUUCGAAAAAGUAUUCCUACAGCCUGGAGAAGAAAAAACGGUUGACAUCCAGCUGGACCGAUAUGCGACCAGCUUCUGGGACGAGAUUGAGGACAAGUGGAAGAGCGAGCAAGGGACCUAUGAGGUGUUGAUUGCAACCUCUAGCCAGGAAGUGGAAGCCCCACCAGGAAUGAUGGACUCUUCGUCGACUGCACGACCUCGCAAGAACACGCGGGUGCUCACCGCGUGCGAUGCCUGUCGUCUCAGCAAGACUCGAUGCGAUUCGGCACGGCCAGUGUGUUCCAAAUGUAUCCAGCGGGGUGUAACUUGCGAGUAUCCGGAGACGGAUGCCAUCUCAGUUCUAGAUACAUGGGGCGCAAGAAUCCUAGAGGCAGUAGAACGUCAAGAGCGGCUUCUAGCAGAUAGCCUCUCUUUGAACCGCGCGCCUCCUCUCUUUUCGCAACAGCCGUCGCCAUCCCCAGUGGAUGAAGUAGAUCCCGAGUCAAUCUCGCGCAAUGAUGCGCCGAAGACGCCUAUUACCGGGUCGGACAUGAUUCUCAGCUGGCCCAUUUUUCCGAAAGAGAAGCCUGUAUCGACUUUUCCAAUGACAGCGUAUUCUGAGAAGCCAGAUCGCUUCCAGACGGCUCUGUCAAGCUCAGAUCCCCAAAGGCUCCUCAAAUUGCGCGACGUUUUCAUGACCAAGAUCUGGACCAAGAACCCGAUCGUUGACCCUGAACAGCUGGACUUUUAUAUCGCUCAAGUGCUGGAAAAUGGCAUUGACUGGUCCACCGCAUCCUGCUUGGUGCUACUAAUCUUUGCACUUGCGGCCAUAUGGGGGGAUUAUCCCGACGACGAAACCCGCGAGGUCUCGUACAAUGAACCAUCGUUCAGUCCGCCGGUCACUUACUUCACGAUGUCGGUUCCGGAGCACCGAAUGAAGGAAUCAUUGACCUUCCUCUCCAUGGCGCGCAAGCGCAUCUCCACUGCAAUUUGGUAUCAGUAUAACUUCGAGCCGAUUCCGGGCUGGAAAAUGUUCCGGGCAGCAUCCAUGCUGUGGCAAACCUAUCGCUUGAAGCACCGCGAGGGGAAGACGAUCAGAAGUGCGCAGGAAGAGAGUCUGGAGCAGCGACUCUACUGGACAUGCUUGAAAUCCGAAUGUGAGGUUCGAUAUGAACUAACAGAUCUCCCGCCUUGUGACCUCAGCCUCUCCGACUUUCCGUAUUCCCUUCCGAGCUUCCCCACGAGACAACCAUCUGAGGACAUCCCUGGGUGGAUGUUUUCCAGUCCUUUAUCCACAGAACUCGAAGCAACAUCUUCAUACUAUUAUCUGGCCGAGAUCUUCUUGCGCAGGCUUCUCAACCGGGCCCGCAAUGCGGUCCGUGUGCUCUCUCCAGAUAUCGACUUGCCGACCAUCAAGGUUCUGGCAGAAACUCUGACGCAGCUGGAAGGUCAACUCCAGCAGUGGGUAGACUGUCUUCCACAUACACUCCGGUUUAACAUGCCCCUCGAAUCCACCCCUGGGCCGAAGGAAGGUGAGCUCAUGAAGCUUAGCCGUGAGCGAUAUGUCGAGGUACGCGAACUGAUUUGCCGCGCGUAUCUAUACCUGUGUAUCCAUGUACCGCUUGAACCAGGGAUGGCGGCAAUGUAUGGAGUCAAAGCAAGCGAGGCGCUACGCUUGGCAGUUUAUCGCAUCCAGACCGAGGUGCCAUUCUUCCGGCACCCGGGGUCAUGGGGAGCAUGUCGAGUCCGGUUCAAUCAUGCGCUUUGUCUGAUUGCGGGAUUUCGCGCCAAGCUGACUCAGCUCCCCUCGGAUGAAUAUUUGAGUAUUCCUCCCGACUGGGCGGACUGUGUGCGGGUGGUGAUUGAGCGGUUGAAGAUCUGGGGCGAGGAGGGCGGCGGGAUCAAGGAAUUAAGUGUACUGCUGGAGUGGCUGAUGCAUGGCAAUUUGGAACUGUAG